AACAGUUCAACCAAACAGGACAAAGAGAACACUACAAAAGCCCAACAGACCCCAAUAUUUCAAAAUCAUUUUCAAUACACUAUAUAUCACUUGAAUAUUUCACAACACCUCCAAUCCUCCAUCCUCCAACAACCCAAAUGGCAACAAUAAUGUCAUCUUCACAAAUUGACCAUCUUCACUUUAUCUUAAUACCCCUCAUGUCCCCAGGUCACCUUCUCCCCAUGAUAGACAUGGCCAAACUGCUCUCACACCACGGUGUCACUGUGACCAUAGUCACCACCCCCGUCAACACCGCCCGUUUCAUCUCCACCAUCCCUCGAGCAGUCGAAUCCGGACACCGGAUCCGACUCCUCGAGCUCCCAUUCCCGGCCACCACGGCCGGCCUUCCCGAGGGGUGCGAGAACAUGGACUCGCUCCCCUCCCGAAGCUCAAUCAAGAGCUUCUUCGUGGCAUCUUCGAUGCUCCAAAAACCCUUCGAAGAAGCGUUUCAUGAGCUAAAACCACCUCCGAGCUGCAUAAUCUCCGGCAAAAAUCUCGCCUGGACGGUGGAAACAGCCCGGAAGUUUCGGAUUCCGAGGUUUUUUUUCGAUGGAAUGGGAUGUUUCGCUUUCUCGUGCACUCAUAACAUGGAGGUGUCGAAGGUUCACGAGACAGUAUCGGAGUUUGAGAGCUUUGUGGUGCCCGGUUUGCCUCACCGGAUCGAGCUGACUAGAGCUCGGUUACCGGAAAGUCUCAAUCCGGGCUCAACGGACCUGAUCGAUGUUCGGAACAAAAUGAUCUCAGCUGAGUCUGUAGUAGAUGGGAUUUUGAUCAAUACUUUUGAAGAGUUGGAGUUGGACUAUGUCAAACAGUAUAGAAAGAUUAAAGGUUGUAAGAUAUGGUGUAUCGGUCCGGUUUCAGCUUGCAACAAGCUGAGCUCUGAAAAGGCGGAGCGAGGCGGAGGUGGGAAAGAUGCCAUUUAUUAUUUGAAGUGGCUCGACGCGCAAGAGCCAAACUCGGUGAUCUAUGCUUGUUUGGGAAGCAUUUGUGGGCUUACAGGCUCACAACUCAAAGAACUGGGGCUAGGCUUGGAAAAGUCAAACAAGUCAUUCAUAUGGGUUAUAAGAGGUGGACAGAGAUCAUUGGAACUAGAGAAGUGGCUCGCGGAUGAGAAAUUUGAAGAGAGGAACAAAGAUCGAGGUCUUUUGAUCCGCGACUGGGCUCCACAAGUCCUCAUCUUGUCCCACCCGGCCAUUGGAGGCUUCUUGACACACUGCGGUUGGAAUUCAACAACAGAAGGCGUUUCCUCUGGCGUGCCGAUGGUGACGUGUCCAUUGUUCGCGGAGCAAUUUAUUAAUGAGAAGUUGGUGGUUGAGGUGUUGGCAAUUGGUGUCAGUGUGAGGGUGCAGAGGGCUGUGACAUGGGGGAUGGAGGACAAGUGUGGGGUGGUGAUGAGGAGAGAGAAUGUGAAAGAGGCUAUAGAGAAGGUGAUGGAGAGAGGAAAGGAAGGAGAGGAGAGAAGGAAGAGAGCAAGGGAGGUUGGAGAGAUGGCAAAGAGGGCUAUUGAAGAAGGGGGAUCUUCUUACCUCAACAUCAAGAUGUUCAUCCAAGAUGUACUCCAUCUCCAACACACGAAAAUAGGAAGUCAACUUUGUGAGUGAGUUUCAAGCGGUGAACACUGUGUUGGUGCUCAACACAGAGUUAAGCAGUGGUGAAGACGUCGUUGGUGCUUAGCAAGACCCCCAGAUCCAACAUUACUGCAUUCCAUGGAUGCACAGUUCUGGAAAAAAAUUUUUUAUAACUGUUCGGCAGUACAGAGUUGAAUUAAAUGAAAUAGUUCGACCUUAGUAAUUCGAACAAAUUGCAUUUGUUCGGUUUUAGAUAGUCGAACAAAUGGAAUAUGUUCGAUUGUAGUCUGUUGAUCAUAUGUAAUUUGUUCAAUUGUAGUCUGUUGAACAUAUGUAAGUUGUUCGAUUGUAGUUUGUUGAACAUAUGUAAUUUGUUCAAUUGUAGUCUGUUGAACAUAUGUAAAUUGUUCGAUUGUAGUUUGUCGAACAAUGAUAUAUUAUUCACCUCUACCGAAUAACUAUUUACCACUCAUACACAAAAACGAAGACAAAAAUAACAAAAAAAUAAU